GGUGUAUUCUUUUGAAUAUUCGCGCGCGUAAAUGGGGUUAAUCAACGGGAGGUAACUCUUGAGAGUGUCGUAAAUUAUACAAUUCGCAAAUGUUUCGUAUGUCAAUAAGAAUGUAAAAACAUCAUCAUCUUGAUAAAAGAUAAACAAUUAACAACUAACCAAGGCUUUGUUUUAUCUUAUCAAUUUCAAUCAAGAGACUCUGGAAUUUUGCGACAUAUCAAUGUAAACAGCAGACGUCAUUCGGCAGAUAUGUCACUUCAUCCUCUUCUGAUUUCAUGGGUAAAAAAUUGAAUAGGGGAUUUAAAACAAAAGAACAGACAUCAAGAUUGGUUAAAAUUUCGGCAAGUUUGGCAGCCCGGCAGAAUUGCAUCAAGGAAGACAAAGAAAGGGAGGGGGGAUUGAGUUUUGCCGUUAUAGCAAAUGAUCACACAUACAAUAGAUCAACAAACAGCGAACGUGAUACAGACGUCCCGAUUGAAGAGGCUACACAACGAUUUAGUGAUACACACAAUUGGAGAGAAGGGCGAAGAAUAGUAGAGCUAGAUAUAUUAGCUCAGGGCUUAUCGGGUUGUAAAAAAUGUGGAGUCCCACUUCAACUUUCCCAUGCAAUUGACAUCAAGACAUGUGGCCUUUCUGCACUUCUGAAAGUUCCCUGUUACAAUACAAAUUGUAAUUACAUCAAUUGUGUACCCACUGGGAAGAGGCAUAAUGGCAUAUGGGAUGCAAAUUCAAAGCUUGCAACAGCAAUGGUUCACAGUGGAAUUGGUGGAAGGCAAGUUAAUAGUUUCUUGUCAGCCCUUAAUAUCCCACCAGUCAGCAAUACCCUCCUUUCCAAAAGAGAGAAGGAGAUGGGAAGUGCAAUGGAAUGUGUUGCCCAAGCCAGUGUUAUGGAAAAUUUAUCAGAAGAAGUGAAAUUGUCUAAAAUAGAUGAAAAUACUGAUGGGCUAACUGUAAGUGUUGAUGGUGCAUGGCAGAAGAGGGGAAGUGGCAGAUCAUUUGACAGUCUUUCAGGUCACUGCUCAAUGAUUGGGGCCAAAACAGGAAAAGUUGUUGGAUAUAAUGUGCGCAGCAAGUUCUGCAAGACCUGUGAUAAUUCGGCAAAGAAAGGAAAAACACCAAAUAAGCAUGACUGUCGGAUGAACUGGAGUGGAAGUGCUAAGGCCAUGGAGCAGGAUAUGGUGGUUGAGAUGAUGAAAACAUGUAAAGAAAAAGGAGCCGUGGUAGAGACAAUCAUUGCAGAUGAUGAUACAACAACAAUUGCCAGAAUAAAACAAAAUGUUAAUCCAUCCAUAAAGAAAAAGUCUGAUAAAAACCACGUAAAGAAAAAUAUUGGCAAUGCCUUGUACUCCUUGCGAAACAAGCACAAGAAGUUGCAAAAUCCAAAGGUUUUCAAGUAUUUGCAGAAGUGUUUGGACUACAUGCUGGCUCAGAACCAAGGAAAUUCAGAUGGUAUAGAGAAUGGGUUAGAAGCAAUCAGUAGACAUCCUUUUGGGGACCACUCAUUUUGCCAGUCUUCAUGGUGCCAUCAUAUAGAUAACCCCAGCAGAAAAUACUCUUCAUUUCCUUAUGGAAAACCUCUUCGAGAUAUUCCCCUCCAGACAGCUCUUGGAGAUCUGAUGCAUAGCUACAAAUCCCAGAGUCAAAAGCUUUCUUCAAUGGGUAGCACUCAAGCCAAUGAGAGCUUCAACAAAACAGUUGCAUCAAAAGCUCCUAAAACACAGUUUUACAGUGGAUCAGCCAGCUUGAACAGGAGGAUUGCAUCUGCUGUUGCACAAAAGAAUGAUGGACAAAGUUACCUACUGAAGGUGUACAGAGAACUUGGACUCUCUCCUGGGUGCCAUACACGAAGACUUGCCUUACUGCGUGACAUGCAGGCCAGGAAGAGAAAGGCGAUAUGUUCAACAUGGAAAUAUAAACUGAGGAGAAUUCAGCUCAAGAACAGGAGAGUCAAGUCAAAUGCAGUGAAAGAACUGAGAGAGGGAGACAGCUAUGGCAGUUCUGUUGAGCUCAUGAUUCAUCAGGACAUAAACGAGAUUCCUUCCCCGAGAGUUCCACCAAAGGAUGUUGGGAUAAAGUCAGCUUCAAUACCUGUAUACUUUGAUUUAGAAACCACUGGAUUAGGUCGUAAUUCCCACAUUACCCAGAUGGCUGCUGUAUGCGGAGAAAAUCAGUGGCAGUGUUUUGUCAAGCCAAAAGUUCCCAUUUCUACCUCAGCAUCUGAUGUGACAGGCAUAACGAUGAGAAGCAGUCAGAUGUUCCACAGAGGCAAACCUGUCCAUUCUUGCAAUCUGUCCUCUGCUUUAGAGUCCUUUGUUGAAUUUAUUUCUAGACAAGGAAAAUGUGCCAUCCUUUCUGGACAUAACAUCAAGUCUUAUGACUGCCAUGUUUUAUUUAACGCCUUAGAAGCAGUUGGGAAGAUGGAUACUUUUAAAGAUCAUGUUGCUGGAUUUGUCGAUACCAAGCUUUUGUUUAGGUCACAAUUCCCAGGGUUGCCAUCUUAUUCCCAACAGGCUCUAGUUUCAUCGUUCCUUCACUGUGACUACGCCGCUCAUGACGCAUUACAAGACGUCGUGUUCCUUCAAAGACUUGUACGGUUAGUUAAUUUUGAUGAACAUAAUAGACUGAAGGCGUCUUUCUCUCUGCCAUGUGCAACUUUUUCACAUGAGAGCUUAAGAGUAACAGCCCACAACCUACCAUCUCUUCAAGGACUUGUCAAUGAAAAAAUAAUUACUAAGUGCAUGGGUAGAAAAAUUGCCGCAAGUGACUUGAACUAUGCAGCUCUAAAGCUUGCAUUUAGUAGGGGAGAGGAAGAGGGCAUACGACAGGUUUUAUCAGAAGAAUGUGGAAGCAGACCAAGAGUGACUAAGUCAUCAAAAGUCAUACACUCCAUAGCUGAACAUUUUAGAAGUACAUUUCUAAGUGAAAGUUAAUUACCCGGUAAGCUCAUAUUAUGACAGAAGUGUAUAUACUGCCUUUGAUUUUCAUUUUCCCUGAACUAGAUAUUAGCUCUAGUAUGUACUGUAUGAUGUAACUCUCCCCAGCUCUCCAAAAAAUCAUGUAGAUAUAUCAAUAUCAACUUUUAUCACCAUUGUUUCUCUCUAUGUUCUCUCUACAAGGAUGGAAUAGUUUCAUCAUUCAGAGAAUUUUUAUACGACAAAUGUUAAUUUUUCAACUGAUCAGAUUUAGUAAAUUGUUGCACAUGUAACCUAUUUAUUUCAACAGAUAAGGCAGCAUUGUAAUACCACCAUGCAUUGAUGCAAGUUCGUUUACCAUAAUACCAUAUAACUCACAAUUUAGUAAAAUAUAUUAUGAAUGUAUGAACCGGGUAUAUAAACUAUCAGUAUUUGCUUUCACGUAGAUCUUUCAAACUACCAAAAAGUUGAAUUUAGAAAGUAUGUGCUAUGUAUACUGGUAUAUUGUGUGCCAUUGUUGCAUUUAUUGUGUGCUACUGAGAGUUUUUUUUUAUAUAUUUCUUUUCUUCCAAUCAUUUGAAAUGCAUAUACUGGUCAAAACUUAUCGAUCAGACAUCAGUUCUGAAGAUGCAUGUUUUGUCGACAUAUCAUUGUUUGUAUUCCUUGAUAAUCACUGUCAAAUUAUAAUUAAUGCAGCCAAAUUCUUUGUUUUUAAACAAAUAUCAAAUGCAUUUUUAAUUUUAUAUUGAAUGAUUACAUUAUUAUAAAAUACUUUAAUAAACUAGAACAUUUCAUGAACUAGAAAAACCCUAUGUCAUUCCAUGUUAUUCAAGGUCGCAUCCAGAAGAUUGUCUAUAAGUACUAAAUACACCUCUUUGUCUUAUUUUUUUAUGUUUAAUUGGUUGUAUGUCUACUGUUUGUUCAUUAAAACCUUUUCUUUACAUAAUUACAAUUGCUGUUAAAGAUAAUUACACCAAUUUAAAAUUUUUGGUGAAUAAAACUUCAUGUUUUUCUCCAAAUAUGGCUUAUUUUGUUUCCAUAAAAUGCUUCAACUGAAAUAGGGGGUGGGGAUAUAACCAACAAUAUUUUUUUCUUAUAUGCACACUAACCCCCACUUUUUAUGCCUUCAUUUGGAUCAAUAAUAUGUAGAGAAAGUGUACUAAUAUUUUCAUAAAAAGUUAAAUUGUAGAAAUCCGUCUAUCUUUGGUUUAUUUAUCAUAUUUGCAACGAAAAUGAUGCUCCAAUUUUACUUGAGCAACAUACAUUUUUGGGCAUAACUUAUCAAAAAAAUUAUUUCAUAGUCUAAAUUGUGCAUAAAAAUGAACUCUUGAGAUGUUUUUAAGUAAACAAAACUUAAAGAGGUUGAAAUCUCCCUUUAUUUUCUUAAUUUUAGGGAAUUUCUGGUCAAAUUGCACUUUCUAUGAGAAUUUCCAUGCACCAUUUUUGGCCCAUGUUCUGGGGGUCGGAUCUCUCUUAAAUGAAAACGAACAUACACUUUUCUUGUUUUCAAUUUAUUCCUUAGGAAUAGCACUUUUAAAAAAUCACAAGCAUCUAAAAAGUUUGAUGUAGGUUUUUUUUCGUGAAUGA